AAAUAAUUGAUUGGAAUUUAAGAAGCAACAUCACAAGAAGGCUGAGUGGGGUUUGACGGACCCUCCAAACUUGGCUGAGGAUUGCAACAUGUAAACGGACUUUGCAGAAAGAGGAUCUACCUAGAAUGCCAGCUUUUAAGAAGGUGCUACCAGGUAUUCUUCAGAAGCAUUGCUGUAUCUUCCUAAACAGGAACAUAGACCGGCAGUAUCCAUGGUCAACCUCUCCGUACGUCAAUGAGGAAAUCUACUCCUCUCCACGCAAAAACAUGAAGGGUCUCUCUGGUGGCCGUCCCUCCCACCUCCAACUCACCUCUCCCACCUCAGCCCACACAUGUGGCUUUGUGGAUGUUGACCAUUCCCUGGAGCAUCAUCUCCACCAUGGAGAUUCACGCCCCCCCUCCUACCUCCUCAGUCCCACUGAGAGCGGUCCGCUUGAAGGUUGCCAUCGCUUCUCCCCGAGGAGUUCCAUCCACUCGGAGUGCAUGGCGAUACCAGUGUCCAUGGCUGCUACGGACCACUCCGUCGCAUGUAGCACUUUUCCACGCAUGCAUUAUGGAAGCGCUUCGCGGGACAGCGGAGGCAACACCUCUAGCGGCAGAAACGACAGUUGCUCUUCCUCGCACGGCGGCAGCGGCAAAAUGAACCGAAUCCCAGCAAAUCUGCUCGACCAAUUUGAGAAGCAGAUGCCGCUUCACCGGGAUGGCUUUCACACGUUGCAGUACCAACGCACAUCCACCACCACAACAACUACAGAGCAGCGCAAUGAAAGCCCCGGAAGGAUACGACACCUAGUUCACUCGGUGCAGAGGUUAUUCACAAAAUCACACUCUCUGGAAGGUUCUUCCAAGAUGAACGGUACCAAAAGCGAUUCCCACCGAGAUGGCUCGCACCAUCAUCAUCACCACCAAGGCCACCACAAACACAACAAGCGCAGCAAGAGCAAAGAUCGCAAAGGUGAAGGCAGCGGGCGGCAGCGUUCGGGAGGUUGGUGGAGUUCAGACGACAACCUGGACAGUGACAGCACGUACCGACCACCGAGUGUCAUGUCACGACACCCCGUGGACCAAAUUAGUCACUGCUACCCUGACUCUGUGCACAGCCACUUAGUGGGAGACCUGUCGCUCAAGACUUCAAAAAGUAACAAUGAUGUCAAGUGCUCAGCCUGUGAGGGCAUAGGUAUGGCACCAGAAGGGAAAUUCAUGAAGAGGAGUUCCUGGUCCACGUUAACAGUCAGCCAAGCCAAAGAGGCCUACAGAAAGUCUUCACUCAAUCUGGAGAAACCAAUGACGCCUACAGACCUCAAGCCCAACCUCAGGCCAUGUCACUAUCUUCAGGUGCCCCAGGAUGAGUGGGGGGGAUAUCCCGGAGGCGAUAAGGAUGACGAGAUCCCUUGUCGUCGGAUGCGCAGCAGCAGCUACGUCAAAGCCAUGGGGGACGAGGACAGCGGCGAGUCGGAUUCAAGCCCCAAGACAUCGCCCCAAAAGUUGGUGCGACCAGACGCCCUAGUAAAGGCCGUCAUCAGGCCCAGAGAGCUGUUGGACUCUCACAGUCAGAGCUACCACUUCCAAACAGCCAUGCAUCCGAGCAUUGCCCUGGACACGUCUGCACACUACAACUCUCCCAAGUUUCGCUCAAGGAAUCAGAGCUACAUGCGGGCAGUUAGCACCCUCAGCCAGGCCAGCUGUGUUAGCCAAGUGAGCCAGGUGAGCGAAACGGAAAUAAAUGGCCAAUUUGAAUCAGUCUGUGAGUCUGUGUUCAGCGAGCUGGAAUCCCAGGCAAUGGAUGCGUUGGAUUUACCUGGCUGUUUUCGAACCCGGAGUCACAGCUACCUGCGAGCCAUCCAAGCCGGCUACUCUCAAGAUGACGACUGCGUCCCUCCCAUGGCGUCCACUGUCACCUCCACCAUCAGAUCCACCACAGCCAUUACCUACACACCAAGCUACAAGAAUCCUCCUCCACCCGUCCCACCCCGCAGCACCUCCAAACCCCUCAUUUCCAUCACAGCCCAAAGUAGCACAGAGUCCACCCAAGAUGCUUACCACGAGGGGAGGCACCUCCACGGCGGGAUGUGGGGCCCAGACGGUCUGACCCUGGGACUGAGCCCUGGCAGGGUCCUUUAUAAUUCAGUUGAAAGCCUGGACAGCGCCAAAGCCGCAACGCUGGCCAUGGAGGCGGCCGGGAUCAUGGCUGGAAAAAGACACCCGUCCACAGACAGCCACAGCUCAGUCCUCACCUGUGACAAGGCCAUCCUUGUGUCGAAGGCUGAGGAGUACCUAAAGACACCCCGAUCCUCCAUAGGAAUCCAGGUGGAGGCUGCAACCGACUCCGAAUCUGAAAGCAAAGGCUCCAGGGAAUACCAUUCUGUUGGGAUCCAGGUGGAGGAUGACAAGAAAGGGAAAGGCCGAUUCAAGCGCUCCAACAGCGUGACUACAGCCGUGCAGGCUGACAUGGAGUUGGAGGGCUUCCCCACCAUGGAGGACAAAGGCCUGCAGUUCGGCGGGGGCUUCCAACGUCACUCAGAGCCCAGUACGCCCACCCAGUAUGGAGCCGUACGAACCGUUCGUACCCAGGGGCUUUUCAGCUACCGCGAGGACUACCGGACCCCAGCUGAGCCCCCCAGUCCCAGAGAGACCACGAGUGAACCCACGUGGCAGUUGGAGCCCCCGCCCCCACAAGAAAAUGCAGUCGCAUCCAUUGAGUCGGGGCGUAGCUCCCCUUCUCUGAGGAGAGACGGGAGCUGGUUCAUGCAGCUGCUCCAUACUGAGACCAAGAGGAUAGAAGGCUGGUGUAAAGAGAUGGAGGCCGAAGCUGAAGAAAAUGACUUGUCAGAGGAGAUCUUAGGGAAAAUCCGAAGCGCUGUGGGGAGCGGUCAGCUGUUAAUGUCACAGAAAUUCCAGCAGUUCUAUUGGCUCUGUCAGCAAAAUCUAGACCCCAGCGCUAUGCCACGGCCCACGUCGCAGGACCUGGCUGGGUUCUGGGAUCUGCUGCAGCUCUCGGUUGAUGACGUCACCUUGAAGUUUGACCAGCUUCACCAGAUUAAAGGCAACAACUGGAGAACAAUAGAAAGUCCAGAGAAGAAGCCUCCAGCUCCAGUCCCAAAGAAGACAAGUCGACAGAAGAGUCUGGUGACGAGAGAGAAAUCCUUGGACCUCCCCGACAGGCACCGGCAGGAGGCUCGUCGACGCCUCAUGGCAGCCAAGCGGGCGGCCUCCUUCCGGCAGAACUCUGCCUCGGAGCGAGCGGACAGCAUUGAGAUCUAUAUUCCCGAGGCUCAGACUCGACUUUGAGAACUUGGGUUCAGGGGAAACUUGUCUCCCUGUUCACUUAGCCUUUUUUUCUAGACUUCUAAUCUCUCUUUAUUAAUUUAUUUAUUUAUGUGUGUCAUCUCCACUGUCGUGCCAUCCUCAGUGCCCCUCGCCAACGCCAUCGGCCUCUAGGAUGCGCCACUUGUCUUGUAUUUAUCAGAGUUGUAUAUCGGCCACAGGUUGACUAGUUUUCUUGCACACUCAUCCAGCAUCUUGCAUGUUUUUU